CAGUUGAUGUUUGAAGGUUUGCUCUCUUAUGAAAAAUGGCAGAUUGAAAAGAGGUUGUACAUCUCAUAUGGCAGCGUUUGGCAGGUUGGUAAUCAAACUUAAGAAUGGCUGACUUGACUGAAACAAACGAUGUCAUCUCAUCAGAUAAUAUUCUGGAUCACCGUGCUGACACCAUACCUACCCUCGAAGAAUCCAUCAAUAUUUUCGCUGGAUACAAUGUAUUAUUAACUGGUGAUGAUUGUGACUUAGCGAACAACGAUUAUGACUUUGCAUCUGAUGGAAAGCCAUUCGACUGUGUAAUUGACAAUAGCAAUGAUGUCGGUAAAGACCUUGAAGAUAAUCUCCUAGAAGAAAAGGAUUUACACGAUCCCAACUAUAAUCUAGUAAACACAUGCGUAUCAAGCUAUGUGCCAUCGUGGAUAAAGUCUACCUCUGGUUACAAACCCGCUAUCACAGUAAUAGUUGAAGACACGUCCACAAAGCAAGACGUUCAACAAGACGUGAGGCUGGAUCAUACGAUGAGAGACAAAGGAACUACUGAGACUAAGUCCACAUCGGAUUCACAUCUUGUUAAAAUCGUUGAUCUUUAUAAAAGUGAAACACCUACAACCAACAGUGUCACUUCAUUAGAUGAGGACGGAUUAGAUGAGGAAACAAUUGGAUUGAAGCAACAAAUGGAAUUUAAAGGAAGAAGGCAUUCAAUGAAAAUCGUCAAGACCGAAGAUUCAUUUGAUAUUAAAUCAAAUAAAGAUUAUUCGGCAGAUGAUGAAUUACAUACUUUUAAACCCAAAGAGAAUAACAGUCACAGUGUUGAGAAAAACAACAACCAGGAUGUUCUCUUAGAUUUGAUGUCGACUCAUUCUAGAGAACCGAAAACUACGGCAUUUUCUCUUCCUAACACACCUCGUCAAUUGGCUCCACCAUGCCCUUCAACUGGCAAAUCUCGCCGACCACGCCGUUACUCGUUAGCAAAUGUAAGCAACAUGAGUUUAAGUGUACAUGAAGAUAAAUCCUUUUCCCGAGAGAUUCGUCAGCAUCAGAUUUCUUUACGGAAUAGGAACAUUGGGGGUCCUAUCAUCGAAGCAAAUAAUGAAGUCAGUGAUGACAGUCACGAUGGUGACAAAAUAAAAACGUCAUCAUCAGUAGAUCUAACAUCUCCUCUCGAACGAGCCAGGUAUCUUCAACGAAGACGAGCUUCACAUGGAACCAUUGCACCUAUUCUACCAAGUCUUCAUCUCCCUCGUUCUCCUAGGAGCAGUGUUGUUUAUACUCCAGCAUCCACAUCAGAACCUGAUAUCGCAAACAAUGAUGAAGAACAUGACAAGGAAGUUUCCUCAUCAAUAUCUGAGGCAAAAGAUGACUUGAAAUUGCUUGAAACUGAAAACACAGAGGGACUGCAUGUUUACAGGCGGAACAAGAGACGAUCAUCCUGGGCUUGUACUGGGACUCAUACCAACAUCAAACCCAUCUCCACCAUGGAUCUUCUGAGACAGAGUAACACACAUCAAGAGAGCCAAUGGGGAACACCUGCCUCACGUGAUCCAUACCAUGUAACAGUGCAUUUCAUCACAGACCCAGGCCAAGCAGAUGGGCUACGGAACUUCUUACGGCCAAUCACAUCAGCUAUUGUACCUCAGUUUGCAAUCUUCAACUAUGCUGAACGAAGUGCCAAUGUUCAUCUGCCUGAACUUGAAGAUGACGAUCAUACUAAGAUUCCAGCUCUAGCUAUCGUUGUGUUCAUACAAGAAGAAUUAGGAGCAGAACGAUUGGAAAAUGCACAAGGAUUCUUAAAGAAAGAACCCUGGGCCCUCCACCACCGAUCAGAGUUAGGACCCAAUGCAGUGCCCUAUCCAAUGAACAAUCAGGACUAUUAUGCUCAUGCUAACAACACACCAUUAUGGGCUGUUCGUCAGGUCCACUGCGGAUCAGAUAGACUACGUUGUCAGCUCUUUGUAUCUGAUGAGCAUUGGUCUAGCUCCAUCCAACUAUACUCUACAAUUCUAGGACAUGGUGUGCAGUAUCAGAAAGAAGAUUUCUGCUUCUUCAACAUCUACUCCGAUCCGACUCGGAAUCUAGAGAUACAGCUGUCCUUGAAGCGGCUACCGACCCAGUACACUCCCCUUCCUAUGGAGGACGUCAUCUUACAGUUCAAGAUUGCUGAUAUGGGGAGUCUUGUUCCUCUUCUACCUCAUGUAUGCAGUCCAAUCAGUGAGAAGAGAUGGCAAACAAUCGACUUUGAUGGCAAUAAGAUCCUUCUCUUACGAGGAAGUGAGAAGGCUGGGAAGUAUAAUACUCCUCGGAUGGAGCACACAGGAGUGGCAAACAAGAGGAGUACUGAAUCAUCAACAGGUCCAUCAGAUAAUGAACGAUCAUGCACUAAACAGAGAGGAAGACGUCAUAAACAUGGCCCACAGAAUUUAACAACCAGUGUUUAAGGACAUUCACCAGGAGCAUCGUAACAGAGAUGGUGACAUCCUAUUCAUACUUUCUGUUGGCAGAUUUCUCCUCAGCAAAUUAACUAAAUUUCGACCUAAAAAUAUUUCAAACGAGCCCUGCUCACCAAGAUUAUAACACUGGCCCUAAAUAUGUAUUUUGAAUUACCAAUAAUGGUAGAUUUACAUGUAGUAAGUUUGCACUCUUAAAGCAAAGUUUGAAAAAAGUUGUACACUCAAAAUGUACAUUCCAGGCACCUUGAUAUUGGUAUGGAUACAGAAUCCUAUUCCCCAAGUAUCUUGCAUUGUUCUGAGAUAUAUUGGAAAGAAUGAUUGCUGAGGGGGCGGGGGGAGGGGGGUGGUAGUAUCUUGAUUUGUACUUUUUCUUUUUUCUUCUUCAUAUUUAUGUUCUUUGUUUGUUUUUAAUAUUUCUAUGGUAGGAUGUUUUAUCUUGUAAAUGUACAUCUAUCAUGCGAAACACAUAAUUCACUGAGUCACAAAGUUCUGUUCUAUAAACGCAAUACUCUUAGUGAUCCACUACUGAUUUAACUGAAACCAUGAACCUGUGAAACAUUACAUAUACAAAUAUUUCUUUAAAUUAUUAAAUAUUCCUCAGUCAAUGAUAAAUAACACCCUCAGAUGAAAAGUAUGUAUAUAUAUCCAGUAAUUUAUUUUUGAUAAUCCUCCGUCACGGUGAUGUACAAAUAAUAAUUAAAACAAUUGAAAUAAAAAUCCUUGACCGGUUUCUGAAGAAAUCAAAUUGAAACAGUCAUAGUGAAGAAAAGAACUCUCAAGGAUUUUAUUUCAAUUGUUUUAAUCAUUGUUAUUUAUAUAUAUAUAUAGAUUUAUAUAGAAGAAAGUAAAAAUAUUUUGAUGCAUAACAAUUAUAUUUUCAAAGUCAAAUAAACUCAUUACUUGACAAAGCCCUAAGGGAGAAAAUUGGUGAAAAUA